GAGACCACUGCGUGGACCACGGCAGCCCCUGCCGCUGCUGACAAAACCAUCCCUAUCAAUAAUGCGGCGGACAUUUCAGUCAUUGUUAUCUAUUUCCUCGUCGUCUUGGCGGUGGGCCUUUGGGCUAUGUAUUCCACAAACCGUGGGACUGUGGGUGGAUUCUUCUUAGCAGGCCGAAGCAUGGUUUGGUGGCCGAUCGGUGCCUCACUGUUUGCCAGCAACAUCGGCAGCGGUCACUUUGUGGGCCUGGCCGGGACGGGAGCAGCUGCAGGAAUUGCCAUCGGAGGGUUUGAGUGGAACGCCCUGGUGAUGGUGGUGAUUCUCGGCUGGAUGUUUGUACCCAUCUAUAUAAAGGCUGGAGUGGUGACCAUGCCAGAAUAUCUGAGGAAACGGUUUGGGGGAAAACGGAUUCAGAUCUACCUCUCAGUCCUCUCUCUGCUCCUUUAUAUUUUCACCAAGAUCUCUGCGGAUAUAUUUUCUGGAGCAAUAUUUAUUAAGCUAGCCAUGGGACUGAAUAUUUAUGUGGCUAUCAUCUUAUUGCUUGUCAUCACAGCCCUGUAUACUAUCACAGGAGGACUCGCGGCUGUGAUCUAUACGGACACAUUGCAAACCCUCAUCAUGUUGGUGGGGUCUGUCAUCUUGACAGCAUUUGCAUUUCAUGAAGUAGGAGGAUACGAUGCCUUUGUGGAGAAAUACAUGCACGCCAUCCCAUCCCAGAAAAUGGUUGGAAACAAGACUCUUCCCGAGAACUGCUAUACUCCCCGCCCAGAUUCCUUCCAGAUCUUCCGGGACCCCAUCACUGGUGACCUGCCAUGGCCAGGACUCAUCUUUGGCUUGAGCAUCCUGGCUUUGUGGUACUGGUGCACAGACCAGGUCAUUGUCCAGCGAUGUCUGUCGGGCAAGAACAUGUCCCAUGUCAAAGCCGGCUGCAUCAUGUGUGGCUACUUGAAACUGCUCCCCAUGUUCCUGAUGGUGAUGCCUGGGAUGAUCAGUCGGAUUUUGUACACAGACGAGGUGGCUUGCGCCGUGCCUGAGGAGUGCAGGAAGGCUUGUGAUACAGAAGUGGGAUGUUCAAACAUUGCUUAUCCAACAUUGGUGGUGAGGCUUAUGCCAAAUGGCUUGCGAGGCCUGAUGCUGUCUGUCAUGCUGGCGUCUCUGAUGAGUUCCCUCACCUCCAUCUUCAACAGUGCCAGCACAUUGUUCACCAUGGAUAUCUACACCAAAAUACGAACACGAGCGUCAGAAAAAGAGCUCAUGAUAGUAGGCAGGCUGUUCAUCUUAGUUUUGAUUGCUGUCAGCAUUGCCUGGGUCCCUGUGGUGCAGUCAGCUCAAAGCGGGCAGCUCUUUGACUACAUCCAGUCCAUCACCAGCUACCUGGGCCCACCAAUCGCCGCUGUCUUCUUUCUGGCUAUCUUCUGCACGAGGGUCAAUGAACACGGUGCCUUUUGGGGCCUGGUUGUCGGGCUGUUGAUUGGUCUCUCUCGAAUGAUUGCUGAGUUUGCCUAUGGAACGGGCACCUGUGUGGCACCCAGUGCUUGCCCAGAUAUCAUAUGUAAAGUUCACUACCUCUACUUUGCCAUGAUCCUUUUUGUCAUCUCCUUCAUCCUCAUUUUGACCGUCUCACUCUUGACCAAGCCCAUUGAUGAAGUACAUCUCUAUCGUCUUUGCUGGACCUUGCGCAACAGGACGGAGAAACGCAUUGAUCUGGACACAGACGAUACGAUAAACACUGAGGAGCCUGAUCUUGACGAUGAAACUGUCCCCGACGAAGAGGUGAGCUGCGGGAAGAAGGCCCUCAACUGGUUUUGUGGCUUGGAAGACAAGAAAGGCCCAAAACUGAGUAAAGAGGAAGAGGCAGCCUUACAGAUGAAAUUAACUGACACAACGGAAAACCCCUUCUGGAAGCGUGUGGUUAACAUCAAUGGCAUCAUCUUGUUGUCUGUGGCUGUGUUUUGUCAUGGUUUUUUUGCAUAG